AUGGUCAAAUCCACCCCUCGGAAGACCAUUGAGGGGUUGGGCGAGAAUGGCUGCUCCCCCAUUUCCAUCCAGCAAAUGGUGUAUGUGGCUGGUGUGGGCUUCAGGCUCAUGAGCGGCGCCUUCUCCAUGAUCAAUCUCCUGGCAGAAGCGUUAGGGCCCAGCACCGUGGGCAUCCAUGGGGACUCACAGCUCUACUUCCUGACCUCAGCCUUUAUGACCAUGGUGCUGAUUUUCCUUCACACCUUCUGGGGGAUACUCUUCUUCCACAGCUGUGAGCACUGGUGCUGGUGGGAGAUCACAGCUGUUGUCAUCAUGCACCUUGCCGUUUUGGGGUUGAUGUUAUCCAACCCCCCAUACAUGGGCAACCUGAUGCCCACCUACCUGCUGAUGGCCACUGCCACCACUUGGGCUUACCUGCUCUCAGGGGGCUCUGCCCAGAAUCCACAGUCCUUCCUGCUCU